AACAGUGAAAGCGUUUUCUGAUUAUCUCUUGCUCAGCCCUCUUGGUCUUGCGUUGCUACUGAACUAAUCUUCCAUGAAAAACCAACCGCCUUAACUACUCUCCGCUUCCUGCAAUGGCGGCAGCUUCCCGUGUUCUACCUCCUCUCUCUUUCCACUGCUUCAGGAGGAACAAAGUUCGUCAACACUUGGAGUCACUCCUUAUGCUGAAAGACACGAAUUCCUUCUUUGUUUCUGUCCAAAAGCAUAGCUUUGAUUUGAAGCUCUCUUACAUGAAGCCUCUCCGAGCUUUUGCUUCAGUGGGUCCUUUAGAAACGGAUUCAGCUCCAAACAACAGUCAAAGGUCGAAUACUUCUUCUCACAGGGGUAAUCCUGCGGAUGGAGAAUUGGGUUUUGAGAGAGAGUUACAGGAGUUUUUUGAUGAAGUCAAGAUGAUGAUUACAAUGGGAAACAAAAAUGAUGCCGCGGACCUGCUUCGAGCUAACUAUGAAGCCGUAAAGGAAAGGAUGAAUGCAGGUGCCAGGGGCAUGGAAGAAGCUGCUUUGAUUGACAUCAUAGCUCUGGGAUAUAUGGCCUUGGGAGACUUGAAAUUCGUUGGCACCCUUUUGCGUAUGUUGAUUGAGGUGGUGGACAGUCUAAAGGAAGAGGAACAGCUUCUGGAUCCUGUACUUGUGCAUAUGGGAAGUAUGUACUCAACUUUGGGGAAGUUUGAGAAAUCAGUAUCCAUAUAUCAAAGGGCCAUUGAUAUUAUGGAGAAAAAAUAUGGCACAAAUAGUGUUUUUCUUGUGACACCAUUUCUUGGCAUGGCAAAAGCUCUUGCUUCUAUAGGAAAAGCUACAAAAGCAAUAGAAUUCUACCAUCGCUCAAUUACCGUUUUGGAAUCAAACAGAGGCCUUCAAAGUGAGGACCUAGUUAUACCUUUAUUUGGUCUUGGCAAUCUGUUACUCCAAGAAGGGAAAGCUAAAGAUGCAGAAACUCCUUUUUUAAGAAUCUUGGAUAUAUAUACAAAGUUGCAUGGAGAAUAUGAUGGAAGAGUUGGAAUGGCUAUGUGUUCACUGGCUCAUGCUAAGUGUGCUAUGGGAAAAGCUGAUGAAGCAAUUCACUUGUAUAGAAAUGCACUUCAGCUCGUCAAGGAUUCAAAUUAUUUAGCAAUGGAUGACAGUACAGUGGAGAAGAUCAGGAUAGAUUUGGCUGAAUUACUUCAUGUUGUUGGAAGAGGAAAAGAAGGCCGAGAACUUCUAGAAGAAUGCUUGGUAAUCACUGAGAAGAACAAAGGGAAAGAACACCCAAGCUCAGUAACACACUUGAUCAAUCUUGCUACUUCCCAUUUACGCUCGAAGAAUUUCGUGGAGGCUGAGCGUUUGCUCCGGACUAGUCUACAAAUCAUGUCUAAAACAGUCGGUUCUGAUGACCAAUCCAUUACAUUCCCAAUGCUGCAUCUCGCAGUGGCUCUCUACCAUUUGCAACGAGAUGAAGAAGCCGAACAGCUCGCAUUGGAGGCUUUAGACAUCCGUGAAAAAGCAUUUGGAAAAGACUCUCUACCAGUUGCUGAGGCUCUAGACUGUUUGGUUUCAAUCCAAAAUAGGUUGAUAAAGGAUGAUGGAGUGUUAUUGGAGAAGCUGAAGAGAGUGCUGAGAAUCCAAGAGAAAGAGUUGGGUUUUGAGAGUGAGGAGGUUUUGGAAACUUUGAAAAAGAUUGUGUAUUAUUUGGACAAACUAGGAAGGAAAGAUGAGAAGUUAUCUCUACAAAAAAGAUUGUCAAUGCUUAGAAAGAAAUUCAAGCAAAGAAUUCCAUAUUAAUAUAUAUCCAAUCAAAGCUUUUCAUUUUCUUCUUC